AUGCGAGCACCGUCUGGUAACACGACAGAAGAGUCAAUGGAUGCAGAUUUGGGAGACACGCGUAAGACUUUUAUCAAUACGUCAUCACAAACGGAAGACUUCAAUGUGACAUUCGUCGCUCGCUCUGAUUCAAUUAAUAUGAUCGUUGACUCUCCAACUACUGCUACCAUGACAGCUUCUGAUACUGCACUGACUACAGUUUCGACAUCGUCAUCAGUACCUUCUCACGUUUUUGUACCGUUCUAUCAUCUAUCUAAAUCACAUUCUCGUUGUCCAAUAUGUAAUAUUGAUUUUUCCUCUAAUUCCCCGGCAUUAGUUUUUACCAAUGAUAUUCGAGCUCGAGCGUUCUUGGAGGACGAUAUUUUAAUUUCAUUUGGUUCGCGAUGCUGUGAAAAACAUAUUAGUGCUGGUUAUUUGAAUGCUGGGGCUUUACAACGCAUUCGGAAGGAAGAAAACAAGUGUUAUCUUACUAUGGAAGAGUUUAUAGACAUGUUGGUUAUCAUAAAAAAUGCAUUUCUACUAAAAGUCUCGACAAUAGAAGACUUCAGAAACGCUCCAUUAUUGAACUUCGAUGAUUUAACACGAAUCACGUCUGAUAAUUAUUAUGUUCUUACAGGCCUAAGUCGUGCGAACUUCGAUAAUCUCUGCUCACGCAUUCCGUCUUCCGCAUUGAGAAACACUCCGAAUCGAUCAGCACGAACUGCAAUCGCUUGCUUAUUAAUGAAGCUAAGGUUGGGAAUUAGUCAUCAAGUUUUAGCAACUCUAUUUUCAUUUAAAGACAAACGUACUGUGUCUCGUGUGGUUCAUAGUGCACGUAAAGCUCUUGUUGAAUACUUUGUGCCACAUUUUCUUGGAUUCGAACAUAUAAAACGGAGAGAUGUAAUCGAUCGGCACACACGUCCAUUAGCAUCUGAAUUAUUAGCUGAUCAACCUGAUCGUGCUAUAUUAAUACUGGAUGGCACAUAUAUCUAUUUUCAAAAGAGUGCCAAUAACGUAUUGCAAAGACGAACAUAUAGUAUGCACAAAGGAAAAUCUUUGAUUAAGCCAAUGUUAAUUACUACAACGACAGGCUACAUUGUGUCAUGUAUGGGACCGUACUUUGCUGACUAUAAAAAUAAUGAUGCUGAGAUAACGAAGCAUAUUAUAUAUAAAAACAAAGAAAAUAUCGGACAGUGGCUGGAAAAAGGCGAUAUACUAGUUGUCGAUCGUGGAUUUCGCGACGCAUUAGAUUAUCUACAUUUGAUGGGCUAUCAAACAUAUAUGCCAUCGUUUUUAGCUAAAGGGGAAAAACAGUUUACAGCUGAGACUGCUAAUCAAACUCGAUUUGUAACAAAAGUUAGAUGGGUAAUUGAAAGCGCAAAUGGACGUAUUAAACAGUGGCGAAUUUUCGACAAAGUUUUACCUAAUUCUCUUCUGAAAACAGCAGGUGAUCUAAUAGCAAUUGUGUGUGCCUUGCAGAAUUGUUAUGGUGCACCGUUUAUUCAGUCUAUAUCGAAAGAUAAAGAACUAGCUAAGAAAAUGUUAAAACUACGUGAUGAAACCAACGAACUAGGUAACUACGUAGCCAAACUGAAAAAUAAGAGUGAAAAACUACUACAAUGGAAAGAAUUGAAUGCAAAUGAUACGGUACCAGACUUCCCAAGGUUGACAUUUGAAGAAUUAAAUGAUUUAACACUUGGUGAGUUAAUUCAUUAUUGA